UACAUUCACAGAGAUCUGGCAGCAAGGAAUGUUCUACUGGCCGAGGAUAAUAUCGUCAAGAUCUGUGACUUUGGCCUAGCUAAGGACUUGUACAAAGACCCAGAAUAUCACAAGAAGGGAGAUGGACCAGUUCCUGUAAAGUGGAUGGCUCUGGAGUCAUUUACACACAGAAUUUAUACAACAAAGAGUGAUGUGUGGUCUUACGGUGUUCUACUAUGGGAGCUGUUUUCACUGGGUGGAAAUCCAUACCCUGGUGUGGAGAUCAAUGAGAAAUUUAUUGGACUACUGAAGUCUGGCUAUCGAAUGGAGAGGCCACCAUACUCCAGUGAUCAGCUGUACAAAAUUAUGCUUCAAACCUGGAAAGUGGACCCAGAAGAGAGACCAACUUUCUCUGAGCUUGUUACCAAAAUUGGAGAUUCUCUAGAGGCCAAUGUGAAGCAGUACUACCUGGAUUUGUCUGAAACACCAUAUGUCAAAAUGGCGGGAGACAAUGAGAACAUGGUGCCAAAGAUGACGACAGAAACUGAUGGAUACCUCAAGAUGUCACCAGCAGGAUCUUCCUAUAUCAACAUUAGGCACUCAGUCAAGCAGAAUGCCUGCACCAAGAUGAAUGAACCAGAUAUUCACUACCAGAAUCAUUUGCAAUGGAAGAAUGAGAAGGCAAGCAAGAAUGAGCUUCAGUCUUUGAGGCAUGAGGGGAAGCAACUCUCUGUACCAGAUAUGAUUGCUCCUGGCUUUGCUUCUGCUGACAAUCAGGUAGAGACAACUGCUGACAUCCAUCAAGAAGAGGACAGUGACAGUGGACACAGCAGUACAUGCGAGGUCUCUGGAUCGCCAUCCUUCAGUGGGAUUGACAAUGAUGAAUACUUAGUCCCACUGUCUCCACUAGAGCAGCAGGAAGGUGGUGACUCCUAUACUUUAUCUUCUCCAGAAGUCAUCACUUCAAGCACUUGUAAACUCAGUCUUGCCAAUUCUAAGACAUCCUGGCCUCAGCACACAAGAUUGUCAAUGCCUGUUAAUGAAAGUAACAGAAACAGUGCUGGCUCAAGGUCACCACAUGUACGCAGACUGAGUCAAGGGUCAGUGAACUCCUUCCCCGAAGACUAUAGACACUCCACUAACAUUGGAUCCAGUGCUUUUUUGAGUGGUACUGAUGUACUGGGUAGUUCAAACAUAAUUACGCCACCACUGGCCACAAAAUCAGCAUCAAUUUCAGGUUCAAAUCUUGCCCCUUCAAAGUCACUAGUGCUAGGUAAUGAACAUGCCAGAUAUCAGGGUCUAGUGAAAGUAUACGGUACAGGUAAUGUGGCGGUAGGUGUGGGAACUAAAACUCAACAUUCACUGUCAUUUCUGUGCUCAUCUGACAAUCCUUUGGUCAAGUACCAUCUGUGUCCUAAUGUUUCCUCUCCUGAGUCUUGUUGCCUUCAAAACAGCAUUCAUGAGUUCAGCAGUGAUGAUGCUAUAGGAGCUGCUGGUCAGCUGGCAUUGGAGGAAGGGACACAGGCACUAGGAAUGAAGACUUGGGUUGAUGCUGGGGCCAGGAGGUUUAUGGCUAACACAUCCAAUAGUUUCAACUCUGACCUGGGUUCAGGAGAGCCGUCGCCUCCACCUGAUUACCGUACAGUGUUUGAGAGUAUUGCUGAAACAGCGUAG